UACUAGCUCAGUGUAUGAUCCCCUUGGGUUCCUGGCACCAGUCACAUUGCUGGCCAAAAUGAUGCAGCAAGAACUCUGUAGGAGAGGAUGUGGCUGGGAUGAUGGUUUACCACAAGACAUCUUACACCAAUGGAAAAGGUGGUUGGAGGAUUUGGAUCUACUGGCUACGUUCAAGGUGAAAAGGUGUAUCAAACCAAUGGACUUUGGAGAGGUCAGGCAUGCUCAACUACAUCACUUUGCGGAUGCCAGCGAAGGUGGAUACGGAACCGUAACAUACGCCCAGAUGUUAAAUCACAAAAAAGACAUCCAGGUCACCUUGUUGCUCGGUAAGGCUAGAGUGACACCCCUGAAGGCUGUAACUAUUCCCAGACUCGAGUUAUCAGCGGCCGUACUUGCUGUUAGAGUGGAUUCAAUGUUGAAAAAGGAGUUGAACUUACAGUUGGACAGUUCAGUGUUUUGGACCGACAGCACCGCAGUGUUAAAGUACCUUAACAAUGAGGAUAAGCGCUUUCACACUUUUGUGGCCAACAGAAUCUCGACCAUCAGAGAGACAUCGGAGCCUUCACAGUGGAGACAUGUCAGUUCCAAAGACAAUCCAGCCGACGACGCGUCAAGGGGAAUGAAGGCCUCAGACUUUGUGAAGAGUAGCAGGUGGCUUGAAGGUCCUGGAUUUCUCUGGAAGCAUGAAGAGGACUGGCCUAAGACUGUGUUGGAAGUCUUAGUGGACUCAGAUGACCAAGAGGUGAGAAAGGAGGCAACAGUAAAUGUCAUCAGCGUAGUGGACGUGCCUAGUCCUACUGACCAACUUAUUGCCUACUUUUCCAGCUGGAGGAGGCUCAAAACGGCAGUUGCCUGGUUCCUCCGAUUAAAGACCAUGUUGUUGACACAGACUCGCCAGAGAAAGCAAUUGGAGGUAUCUGUGGUUCAUCAUUUGGAGGACACCAGUCAGAAUAGGUCAAAGCGGGCUGCUAAACGACAGAGGGUCACAGCUGAGUCAAAUAGGAUGAUCUUGACACUGGAUGAUCUAAUAGGAGCAGAAAUUGCCAUCAGAUACUGUCAGGGACAAAGUCACAGUGAGGAAAUUUCUGACCUGUCAUCCAGGAAAGCAACCGUGAGCCAGCAGAGUCCUGUUUAUAAGCUGGAUCCAAUUUUGGAAGAUGGGCUAUUAAGAGUUGGAGGAAGGUUGGGCAGAGGAGCAAUGCCUGAGGAAGCCAAACAUCCACUCAUCCUCUGCAAAGAUCCACACGUAUCUAUGCUCAUCCUCAAGAAUAUUCACCACAAUCUUGGCCAUGGUGGACGAGUUUAUACGCUGUCCUCAGUGAGGAAGAGGUUUUGGAUUACAAACGCCAAUUCAGCUGUCAGAAAGGUAAUUGCCGAAUGCAGCUUUUGUCGACGCUACAAUGGAAGAGCAAUUGAACAGAAGAUGGCAGAUCUUCCUAGAGAGAGUCCUUCCUGAUCUACCACCAUUCACUAACACAGGGGUAGAUUACUUUGGACCAAUCAAAAAGUUUGCUGACAAAAGGGGACUUGUACGUUCUGUGAGAUUGCAGACAAAGGCCAACAUUAUCGUAAGCAACUGUCUUUGCUGCAGGGUGUAAAUUAGGGCCCAGUAUUUGGCUACUUUUUGUUUUGUAUUUUAUUUGAAUUGUUAUGUCUACCUGCAUGAACAAUUAGGGGCCGGUGUGUAAGAGCCAAAUGUUGUGUGUAGGUGCAUGUAUGUUAUGUAUGCACUGGGUGGCGCUGUUGCUGUUAUUUGUCCGCCUACAUUAAUCACCAGGUAAUUGGCGACAGCAGGUUUUUUGACCCCGGAACGGGGAAAUAGGUUUUGACCGCAUCAUGGUGAGCUGGUGAACUGUUUGUACCGGACUUCA